AUGACGCACCAACAGUCUCAAUUACCACAAUUACAUCGUAUUCCGAUUCAACCACCAAUCAGAUCUUUUACAAUGCCGGUCAAAGAUCAUACAAGGAAGAAUUCUGAUUUAUCGGAAUCUGUGCAAACACGUCCGAGCAUUGAUGAGGAUCUUUUAUUUGAGGAAGAUGAGGAAAGCGAGGAAGAAGUUUAUGAUCCUGCGAAUGUUCAAUUACAUUUACCAACACGUCAAUCGGAUGUUAUGUUGCCAAAGACCCCUUUGACCUCUAGUCCAAUACAUGCACCUACACAUAUUGACACUCAUAAUAAUAGUAAUCUGGAUAUACCUGAUAUAAGGCAUCGAAUGGAUGGACACGGUUUAAGACCACUGAUAACUCAUCACAAUCAAAACUUGGUAAAUUAUCUUCGCCAACUACUUCAUCAAUUAAUCGAAGUAGAGACUUAA